CGACAGGUCAUCGGAGACAGAAAGCCAUCGUUCGAUCUAUUAAUCCGUUUCCAAAUAUUCUUUUUGCCUGUUCGAUCCAUACACGUUGAAUUAUUCGGUGAUUUCUUCGUGAAUGUUGCUACAAUCUUUCAACAUAAUGUCGGAAGUUUUCACGUAAUGCGAACCACUAUCAACGUUUCCAUCACACCGCUGUCAAAGAGCGUUUGCCGUCGGAAUCUAGGACGCGUUACCGGCUUAAUCACUCGAUUUUUCUCUCGAGCGUCGAAGUAGACGCUGCAUUAUUUCGCACAACUUGCCCUUUCAAUUCCCAAUGUGGUUUUAAAUAGAAGAAGACAAGAUGCCGGCUGUGAGAGGAGAUGGCAUGCGUGGGCUGGCUGUAUUCAUUUCUGAUAUUAGAAAUUGUAAAAGCAAAGAGGCGGAAAUAAAAAGAAUAAACAAAGAGUUGGCAAAUAUUCGUAGUAAAUUUAAAGGAGAUAAGACACUUGACGGUUAUCAAAAAAAGAAAUAUGUUUGCAAGCUACUUUUUAUUUUCCUGCUUGGUCAUGACAUUGACUUUGGACAUAUGGAGGCUGUUAAUCUACUUUCAUCUAACAAAUAUUCAGAGAAACAAAUUGGCUACCUUUUCAUAUCAGUUUUAGUAAAUACAAACAGUGAUCUCAUUAAAUUAAUAAUUCAAAGUAUAAAGAAUGAUCUUGCAUCACGAAAUCCCAUUCAUGUAAACCUUGCAUUGCAAUGUAUUGCUAAUAUUGGUAGUAAAGAAAUGGCAGAGGCAUUUGGCAAUGAAAUACCAAAACUACUCGUUUCCGGAGAUACUAUGGACGUUGUGAAACAAAGUGCAGCACUGUGUUUAUUACGGUUAUUGCGUACUGCGCCGGAUGUUGUUCCUGGUGGAGAAUGGACCUCGCGCAUAGUUCACCUUCUAAAUGACCAACAUCUCGGUGUUGUUACCGCAGCUGCAUCUUUAAUAGAUGCUCUUGUAAAAAGAAAUCCGGACGAAUACAAAGGAUGCGUCAGUUUAGCAGUUUCAAGAUUGAGCAGGAUCGUGACAUCGAGCUACACAGACCUACAGGAUUAUACAUAUUACUUUGUGCCAGCGCCAUGGCUCUCUGUUAAACUUUUACGAUUACUACAGAAUUAUACCCCACCUGCUGAGGAUCCAGGUGUAAGGGGUAGAUUAAACGAAUGUUUAGAAACUAUAUUAAACAAAGCUCAAGAACCGCCAAAAUCAAAGAAGGUGCAGCACUCGAAUGCUAAAAACGCUGUGUUAUUCGAGGCCAUUAGUUUAAUUAUUCAUAACGACAGUGAACUGCCUUUAUCGGUUCGAGCGUGCAAUCAACUCGGUCAGUUUCUAUCCAAUCGUGAAACUAAUCUUCGUUACUUAGCACUCGAAUCCAUGUGCCAUUUGGCUACAUCAGAGCUUUCACACGAAGCCGUGAAGAAACAUCAAGAAGUCGUCAUUCUUUCUAUGAAAAUGGAAAAGGACGUAUCUGUUAGACAACAGGCUGUUGAUCUUCUGUAUGCUAUGUGUGAUAAAAGCAAUGCGGAAGAAAUAGUACAAGAAAUGUUAAACUACCUCGAAACUGCUGACUAUUCUAUUAGAGAAGAAAUGGUUCUUAAAGUCGCGAUUCUAGCCGAAAAAUAUGCUACCGAUUAUACUUGGUACGUUGACGUUAUUCUAAAUCUCAUUAGGAUAGCCGGUGAUUAUGUUUCGGAAGAAGUAUGGUACAGAGUUAUCCAGAUUGUUAUCAAUAGAGACGACGUGCAAGGUUAUGCAGCAAAGACUGUUUUCGAGGCCUUACAAGCACCAGCUUGCCACGAAAAUAUGGUUAAAGUUGGUGGUUACAUACUUGGGGAGUUUGGAAAUCUCAUUGCUGGUGAUCAGCGCUCUUCUCCAGCUGUUCAAUUUCAAUUAUUACAUUCCAAAUAUCACUUAUGUUCUCCAAUGACCCGAGCGUUGCUACUUUCAACCUAUAUCAAAUUUGUUAAUCUGUUUCCUGAAAUGAGAAGUCAAAUUCAAGAUGUUUUUAGACAACACAGUAAUUUACGUAGCGCCGAUGCAGAAUUACAACAAAGAGCUUCAGAGUAUCUUCAGCUAAGCAUUAUCGCCUCUAGCGAUGUUUUGGCUACAGUAUUAGAAGAAAUGCCAGCAUUCCCAGAAAGAGAAUCUUCUAUUCUUGCCGUUUUGAAAAGGAAAAAGCCAGGACGUGUCCCCGAGAAUGAGAUUAGAGAAAGUAAAAGUCCUGCACCAAAUGCUAAUCAUCACGCGGAAGCGCCCGCCAGUGUCACAGGAACUGUUAAUAAUACCUCGGCAGAUUUAUUAAGUCUUUCUACACCUCCGUCUUCUCAACCAACUAGCAAUACAGGAGUUUUACUUGAUGUACUAGGUGAUAUUUAUAAUAUGCCAAACAAAGUUGCUACUAAUGGUGCCCAAAACACGUAUAAUCCCAAAAAAUUCGUGUGUAAGAAUAACGGCGUAUUGUUUGAAAAUGACUUAAUUCAAAUCGGAGUAAAGUCAGAAUUCAGGCAAAACUUGGGACGUGUCGGUCUUUUUUACGGAAACAAAACUCAGUAUGCUCUUCACAGCUUUCAACCUCAACUAUCUUGGCCCGAGGAAAAUCAACAAAAAUUAGCUGUACAAGUAAAACCGGUCGAUCCCGUGCUAGAAGCUGGUGCUCAAAUACAACAAAUGAUUAAUGCAGAGUGUAUCGACGACUACAGUGAUGCACCAAGCAUGAUCAUUUCCUUUAUUUAUAAUAAUGUGCCACAAAAGAUAACAAUGAAGUUACCAUUAACGAUCAACAAAUUCUUCGAGCCUACAGAAAUGAACGGAGAAUCAUUCUUUGCACGGUGGAAAAAUCUUGGAGGAGCCAAUCAACAACGUUCGCAGAAGAUUUUUAAAGCACAACAGCCGAUGGAUCUUGCGCAAGUUCGCACGAAAUUGCAAGGAUUUGGAAUGCAAUUACUCGAUGGUAUCGAUCCGAAUCCUGAUAAUUUCGUCUGUGCAGGAAUAGUACAUAUGAGGGCACAACAAGUAGGAUGUCUCUUACGUUUAGAACCUAAUAAACAAGCGCAGAUGUUCCGUUUGACGGUACGUUCGAGUAAGGAAUCGAUGUCAGUAGAGAUCUGCGACCUGCUGGUGGACCAAUUUUAAAUGGCCUAGCAGGCGUGAAGCUAAUUUAAGAUACGUUAAAACGCCGUGGGAAGACAUAUCGUGAUCACUGAAGGAUGUCGUCUCUCGACGUUCAAAAGAUAUUGAUGAUUAUUUGUUAAGACAUAUUUGUUGUACGCAAGCUUACACUCGCAACGCGGUCACGAGAACUGAACUCUUGUGUAGGCGAAACAUUGUUACCACGUAUAAUCCUACGAACAAAGCAUAGGAUUGCUAAAAAUACGAUAAAGGCGAAUUGUGUACAUGAAAAAGAAACAAAAAAAAAAAAAAAAAGAAAAAAAGAAAAAAAAGAAAGCAAAGAAGCUAUGCGACAUACGAUGACUAUAAUAAUGGACAAUAUUGGUCCAUGAAUGAAGGUAACAAGUACAGAAUAUUACCUUUAUUUCUUUUUUCUUUCUUUUUUUUUUUUUAAUUUAAUAUGUGGCUUUAAUAAGAAGUUAUAAUUUGUAACUUAUCCAAUAAUGUGUAGAUGCAUGCCACGGGUAUCCGCAAAAAAAGAAACGGCCAAGAAUCACACUGCAAAGCGUUCAGGUUACUAGCAUAUACUUUUUUAUAAAUGAUGUUUAUAGUUAUCCUUUUCAAUGAUGAGUAUUUUUAAUGAGUUUACUGUAUCACGCAAAUGUGUCGGCUACAGCGAUUCUAUAUUUAUUAGCCCGUACUAUUGAAUUUGUAUGCUCGUGGCGCAUUCUCAUCUAUACCUUUAGCUUCCCUUUUUGUAUGUACGAUCUUUUUCGUGCCGAUUUUCGUUUCUUUUUUUGAGAUUAUUAUUGUUGCGCGAGCGAGAGUAGAUUUGAACACGAUGACAGUAGUUGUAUGAUAUUAGUUGUCUAUCGUAGACUUUUCCUUGUAUUUUACGGAGCUCAAAAUUUCUUUUGUAAUUAGUAGAUUCGAGAUGAUCGAUCCCAUCCCGAUUCCCUUACCUCUGCUCCGCUUGUUCUCUGAUCCUUCCUUGGUUUUCUGUACCUCAUACGUUGACGUAUAAAAUCCAUGGCUGGUUUUAUUUUUCGGCUAACAGAGAAGAGCAAUUAAAUUCAUUGAGAAGUAAACGAACAAGAAAAAGAAGAAGUGAAACAAUAAUCACUAGAAGAAUUUUUCUAAUCAUUUUUAACGAAUCUUGUGUGAGAUGUAUAUUUCAGUAGUAUAUCUUGUACAGAUGAUAUUUACGAAUACGUUGGAGAUUAUUAUGUUUUGCGAGUGAUAAUGGAGAAAGAACAAACAAAUAAAUAAAUAUGAAAAUAGAGCAGCUGUGACGUUUAAACCGUGUUAGCAUUGGGAUCACAUGCUUCACGAUUACUCUGUCUGUUGUGGAAAUUGUAAAGCUCUAAUUAAAUUGUAUAUAAAAAAAUUCAUUAAUUAAAUGUGCCAAUGACAGGGAGUCAUUGCACGAGACACACAGAAUCUGUAGUUGCAGGCAUGACGAUCUUGUAAUAUCGUUCCUUCCUGCUAUUUCAUUUAUAUAUAUAUAUAUACAUAUAUAUAUAUUUCUUUAUCAUGCGAACACGAGAUGUAUAUUUUUUUUAUGUUCGUAUAUAGCAUAAAUUUAUAUUCGAAAGCUUUCUCCUUACUCCACCUGUGAUUCCCUUUUAUCGUUUCCGACUGUGUGUUACGUACGUACUAGCAUGAAUCGAAAACUCUAGCAUGACCUAUCAAAAGAUCUGUAUAUAGAAUGCGUUUCUAAGGAUGCAGUGCUAUCAAUGUUUCAUCUCAACUUUAAUCGCUGUUAAGCAUGGGAAAGAGUAUAUCCUAAAAAUUUAUGGAAGUCGGAUAACAAUGUAUCAUAGAUCUAGUUAGCCCUAAAGAUGUAAGUUCAAAGAACGCUUGCAUCCUCAAGAACGUGUUUCUAAUAUAUGCAUACGUUUCAUGUCGAAGUUACAUAAGCGUUUGAUGAAUAUUUAUGAAUCAAAUGAAACGGGAAACGUUAGAUAGAAAAAAUAAAUUUUUUUAUUUAACGCCCAAUAUUCUUUUUUUUUUUUUCUUUUUUCAUUUAAUUCAACACUUCGCACGAAAAAUGCUUGUAUAUUUUUAAUUCAAACUUUGUUUCGUCGUAACCUUACUACGAAUUAUUGUUUUACUAUUCUAUAGUAUUUAAUUUAAAAACGCGGUACAUUGAAAAUAUAUAUACCGUGUACAGCAAUAAAAUAAUUGCAUAGAAAACACAUAUAUAUGUACCUAAGAGAAUUUUACGAGCAAGUAGCGAAAUUUGCAUUUUGUUUUUAUUUAGGAUAACACGAUAACAUAAUACAUACAUUAUAUAAGAAUUAUAAGAAACGAACACAUUCCUUACAUAAGAUAAUAUAAAGGAAAAUUCGUACAUAUAGUACGUAUGUAGAAAUACUUUAUAUUUAAAUCGAUUACAUGAUUUUGAAAACCUAUUUUUUAAAUCGUGCGUCGCUUCUCAAAUAUGGAAGCGAAAAGUCGCAGAAGAAAAGAGCAGGAUCGAGUUUCGUUAUAAGUUACAUAAGUUCAAAUCAAGUCCUUCGUUUCAUAGUUCCUGACAUUUUUGCAUCGGUUUUAUUCGGUUUUGUACAUAUAAAUCUGUGACACAAAAUACAUCUUAGAUAUUUUCGAUCUUUAAAUACGAAACAAUCUUAUGAACGAAUAAAUGACGUGCAUAUAAUUAUUAAUCGAUUGAUAAUAGAAUAAUCGCCCAGUCAUGGAUUUGUUGAGAGAUGAUUCACAUUUAAAAACGAUUUAAACGAGGUUCAUAUGACAACUACAUCAUUUUACACGCGUCAGAGUGUUUAUCUUCGCAGAAGUGUGAAUCAUGUUCAUCCGAUUAAAAUGAAAUACAAAUGAUUCGUAUAUAUAUUAUAUAUAUCACGCGUGGAUGCAUAUAUCGUAUAAAUAAAAUACACAUAAUCAUAUAUAUAUAUAUAUAUACACAUAUAUACUUAUGUAUAUACAUAUAUCUAUAUUUAUAUAUAUUUAUAUACUUAUAAGUAUGUGUGUAUAUAUAUGUAUAUAUAUACAUACAUUGCGAAUUAUAUUGAGAUGUGUGCGGUGACACACGAUUGUUGUAUUAUUACGUUGCGGUGUCCUGAUCGAAUGGCGAUCGUGACAUACAUAUUAAUGAAACGCGUUUGUUACAACGCUGCAGAGAUUUAUUCCGAUAAAUCGAACAUCUGUCUCGUUACUUUUUGCUUCCCGUGUAUAGAUUUAAUGUAGGAGUUCGGUUGUAGAAGAAAACGCAGUCACAAGUUACUAGCGGGUUUGCAAUCGACCGCUCGAAUCGAACCAAAACCAUUCAGCACAGAUGCAACGUGUGUACACUAUGAAGUUGAUCGAUGUUGCUCACGAGCUUCGGAAAACUGCUUCGUUCAGUACAUACCGGAACUAGCAUAAAUGUAUAGCGUAUUUUAUCGUAUUUGUAGAUCCGUUUCCCUUCUGUUGUAUAAUCCGUGCUCCUUUUAUUUAUUUGUGACCGUGGUAUGCAAAAAGCGUAGACUAAGUAGACAUCGAUGGCCUAACGAAAGGCUUUUAAUAUGCGAAUGCGAAAAUUUUCUAAAUAAAGCCAAAUAUAAUUAGAAGAAAUUAACUAACAAUCUACUGACAAUAUCUUGUUGCGCUAUAACUAUCGAUUUUCGAACCUGUAUUAGAAAUUUUGUACGCGAGUAUGUACACUGCACAUGGUUGUGAAGGUACAUAAUCUUGUUCGUUGAAAAUUUUGAUAGAAAUUAUUUACUAGUAUUUGAUGCACGUAUAAAAGAAAAAGAUGUAAUAAUCGCAUUUAUAAAUCAUAAUUCGUUAAGCCAUCGAAAAUGUUGGUUCUUCGUUCGUCGUUUACUUUAGGAUAAGCAUAAAUCGACGCGCACGGCACAAAGUACGAAUACAGGAAUUGUUCACACGAUUACGAAAGUUCGAUCGCCGAUCGAUCAAUUGAUAUGAUAUUUUGUCGAUAAAAUGAGAUUUCUACAUUUGAUCUUUACACGAGGAAAACUGUAAAAUUCUCAAGUUAUUUAACAAUUGCGUUUAUUUAAUUUUCCGUCGACGACAGUAAGAUACACUUUAUGAGAUGAGCCUUUUGUGAUCUUUUUGCCAACAUCGUUUUAUAUUGUUUAGCUCUACUUACAUGUACGUUUGUAAAAUGCUAUUGAUUUAUGCUAUUAAACUAUACAUACAUAUAUGCGUAA